AUGGUGACUAUUUCUAUAAUUCUCUUCGUGCUUGCAAAUCGAGUCAACUCGCAAACGAGCUUAACUACCCCGAACUCAGGAAGGAACAUAAACAGUUUAUCAGAAGGACUAGAAGCUACUGCCAUUUUUCCGACGCAAAUCCAACAAAUUCAAACGACAUCGGAAACGACGCUCGCGGUCUCCGCCGGAAACAAUCUAAAUGAUGUUGGCGGCACGGUACCGGCCUCCGCCUUGGAUGUACCAGAACAGAAUUUCCAAGCAAUCUCCACAAUUUACUUGAUGAAAAACAAGAAAACCAAUGAUGAAAAAUAUGCGCGCCGCGAAAAUGGUAACUCACUUUUAGAUGGAAGGGACGGAGGAAAUAGCGAAAAAUAUUUGAAGGAUUCUGCAGAAAAUCUAGAAACUAUUAAAGCUGAAUCUCUUGUUUGGGACAACUGUUUAGAAACAACUUUUAAGGACGUUCCGCAAAACAUUGUAAAGACACCGGAUACACAAAAUGACAAUCAUGAUUAUAGAUAUCAAGGGAGCAAAGAAUUUGGAAGUUUAUGGAAAAAGAGAGAUGCAGGAAAUUUGUAUUUCAAUUCGACAGCGGGAAAAGCUUGGUUGGAGAAGUACAACAAUCUUCUUAAUGCUAAAACAGAAGAAAGGCGUCAACAGAAGGCUGAUUUAACAGUUGUGAAGAAAGUGACUACAAUAGCAACCACUGUAGAACCCAAAACAACAGUUCAAGUUAUACCGAUAACAAGAGAGGUUUUCAAGGAAUCAAUUGAUGUAUUCAACUCUACAGAAAAAUCAGUAACUCAAAGUGACAUAGUAGCAAGUUAUACAGAAGAUUGGUUCGAGGAAAAGGACAGAAGUCUAAUAAAGGACAUAGUAUGGGGUGAAUUUACAUUUCCGUAUUCAUUCUUACAGAGCCUUACCUUGCUAACCUACCAUUUUUACUGCCGCGUCAAUGAGACGGUCGCAAAUACAUUCUAUGUAGAAAGUACCUUUGCCUGCCUACCCACGUACAUCGAUGUCGAGAAUUUCUCAGUAUCGAUUUUUGCCCUUGCAAAAUUGUUAUUGUUCAUCUUUCGGUACAGCUUCAAAGAAUUUCUUCACAAUACUGUAAACUAUGUCGACGACUUUAUCAACAAGAGGUUUACCAAAUUCCUCAGACACUUGUCUCCAAUUCUGGUUCAAAAACUGGAGCACAGCUUCACCUGGUGA